AUGGAAUCUAUAAAAAAAAAUGAGUUUAAAUCUAAAGUAAAAAGUACAGAGAAUAAAGAACAUCCAGUUAUAGUUAUGGAAAAUGAUGUAGUAUAUUUCCAACAAACAUGUAAAGAACAUAGUAAAGAUGUAAAUUAUGAUAGCAAAAAAAAAGACAGCUGCUAUCAAAUAUUGGAAAAUAUGAAAAAAUAUUGUUGCAAUAUAAAUCAAGUGGAUUCAUUUAAUUUUAAUGAUGGAUACAAUAAUUUCCUCCGAGAAGAAAAACAUACAAAUGCAGAUAUUAAUUCACUCAAAGAUAAAUUAAAACAAAAAAGUAAUAACAAUUUUCUUUGUUAUGAAAAUUUUAAUAAGAACCAAAUUAAUCAUAAAGAUGAUAAUGAUUAUUUAAAACUAACAAGUGAGUUUAAAAAUGAAUAUAAAGAUAUUUAUGGAAAAUCAUAUAACAAAAAUGAAAUUAGCAACUUCGUAUACUCAUGUAAAAAACCUACUCAAGCUAUAAAAAAAAAUGGUUAUUAUAAUAAGAAUGCUCCAUAUAUUUAUAAUGAAAGAAAAGAUCCUAAUGAAAAUAUGUCAACCAAUUACAGGAACAUAUAUGGAGAAAAUGGAAAAAAACAUCUAGGAGUUUCAAAAUUUGAUGAAAAUGUAAGAACACACAUAUUUAAUAACUAUAUAAAUCAAAAAUAUAUAAAAAAUAAGUCAAAGAAUAGAUUAAAAAAAAAAUCAUUUGAAUAUCUAAAUAAUAUUUAUACUGAGAAAAAUGGAUAUUUUAAAAAUAAUAAAAAAAUAUAUAAGGAAAAAGAUAGUUGUAUCUAUAAGAAAAGAAAUGAUGAUAAUGAGGAAAUAUAUAUUUAUAAUCUCACAAAAGAUAGUGAUAAUUAUACCUUCAAAGAAAGAAACGAAACACAAAAUGAAAUUAUAUUAAAUAAAUAUAAAACAUCGCUCCACACCAACAAUGACACAAAUGAAAAUAUAAAAUUAGAACACGUUUUAAAAAAUUCAUUUUUAUCUCACGAUGAUAAAAACUCUGAAAAUGAAAUAAAUUCAUCACCUUUAUCAAUCAACAAAAAAAAUAAAAUAAAACAGGUAAAUUUAAAUAUAGAAUUACUUAAUAUUGAUAAAGAUAUUAAUUUAAUGCUUUCAAAUGGAAUUCUCACAAAUGAGAAAAAUAAUCGAAAUACGAAUAACUCAAUGGCAUCAUUGUCCCAGUUAGAAAAAAAAAAAAAACCUUUACUUGUAGAUAAUUUUAGUCAAACGAUAAGAAAAAAAAAAAAAUUCACUAAAAUCGGAAGAUUAAAAAUUAGUAGAAAAAUAAAAAGAAAAAAAAAAUUUAGGCUGAAAGAAAAAAUCCCUCAUAAAAAUGAGUUAAAAUUUAAAAAAAAGAAGACCUCAAAGUCGAAAUACGUUAAAAAUAAAACUAAUAAAAAUCCCAAAAAAAAUACAUCUAAUAAUAAAAAAAAAAAAAAUAUUAAAAUAAUUAGGCAUUCUAUAUAUGGAAAAAAAAUAAAAAAAAAUAAUUUUAGUUCUGGGUGUUCUGAUAUUUAUUCUAAAAAGUUGGUAAACAUUAAACAAGGCAAAGGUAUCUCAUCAAAAGUAUUAGAAAUUGAAAAUACCAUAUUACCACAAUUUAAUACAUUUAAUGAAGACAAUAAUUCGGUUUACAGCAGCAAUGAGGAGAAGAAUAGAUAUUUGAAUAUAGAAAAAUGUAGUGAUAAAACGUCAAAAAAACAUGAGGAAAUAAAAAGUUGUAAUAUAGAAAACUUUAAUAAAAUACAUAAUUCAACAUCUAAAAGUAUAAAAAAUAUAGAAGUUGAUGAUUUAAAAGUAUAUAAUGCUAAUAAAAAAUUUACGGAACAAAAAUUAAGUAAUAUUUGUAAAAUGAAUUCUAAUAUAAGUAUUAAAGAAAACAAUAUGAAAAAUGCAUGUAAUAACAAAUUACCUAGAAAAAAUUUUACUAGUAUGAAUAAUUCAAAUUUAAAUAACAAAGAAAAUAACUCUUUAUACAAAGCAAUUACUUUUGAACAUAUUAAUUCAGAAUUAAUUAAAGAAAGUUUUAUUGAUUCUAAAGAUAAACAUUAUACUCUUAAUGAAGUAAAAGCUACACAUACAAAUGUAAAAAACGAGAAUAAAAAAUGUAAUUGUAUUAAUAAAAAUAAAAGAAAUAUCAACAUAAAAUUAAAAUGCAAUAACCCAGAAUUUUUUAAUAUUUCGCAAAGACAUGUUGAAAAUGAUGCAAAUUUUAAACCUCUAAAUAAUAUAAGUUUAACAACAUAUAAAAAAAAAUUAAGUGAUAUGGUAAAUAAGUUUAAUAACAAUUCGUUAUUGAAUGAAAGUAACAAAUUUUCAUCAUUUCAAUCUAAAAUUAAAAAAAACACUUAUGAAAAGAAUAAUUAUAAAACUAUAAUGAUUUUACAAGAAGUGGCUUCUAUAUUGAACGAAGAAAAAGCAAAUUUAUACUCAUAUAAUUUAGAUGAAAAAACAAAUAAAAAAGACAACUCAAAAAUGUCUAACAAUUUGAGUGAAAUAUUGUCAACAAAUUUAAAAUUUCCUGGAUGUGAAAAAUAUAAUUUUUACGGUAAAGAAAUUAAAAAGAAGUGUAUUAAAAACAAAAGCUAUGACUCCUUCUUUAAUGAAAAAUUUUUUAAUAAAAAUUUAGAGUACAUAAAUUUAAUUAAAACAUUUUUAUCAAAAAAAAAAAAUUUAAAAGAUAAUAACAACUUACUAUUUCAUAAAAAUUUAUUGCAACAGCGCUCUCUUUUUAUGAACCAAAUGACUUAUGAAAAUCAUGUAGAUUAUAUACUGAAUUCUAUAAUAUUUUAUUCAAAUAAAUUAAAAAAUAUUUUAAAUCAUUCUAUAAAGAGAAGAAAUGAUAAUGAAUAUGCUUUGGAAGUUAAAUUUUUAUUCUUUGUAUUAUUUAUUAUUGAAAAGCAUAAAAUAAAUACUUUUAAAGUAAGUAUAGAAAAGGUCUCAAAAUUAAUAAGAAAAAUAAUAGAAAAAAUUAGAUUUUAUAUAUUAUACUUCCCAAAAGUAGUUAAAAUGACAAAAUUUGAAUCAGCCAUUAUAAAAAUAUAUUUUAUAGAAUUACUUAAAAUGUCAAGAUUAUUAUGCUCAAUAGGCCAAAAAAAACUUAGAAAACAAUUUUUUUUUAAUUCAUCAUCAUUUACUGAAGAUUUAAUUUUAAAGGAUAAAGUAGAAAUGCAGGAGGAUAGCUUAACUAAUAUGAUUCCUAUAAAAAGAGAAAUAAAUAUAUUAAAUAAUUUAAACUCAGAAUUUUCAGAUGAGAAAAAUUUGAAGAUAUGUUAUUCAUCAUUGAGUGAAGAAAAAGUUGCUAAUGCCCUUUUCGAAGAAGGAAAAAACAGAAGUAAUACAAUUGAUAGAAAAAAUUCAGAGAAAGCAGAUAAUAUUGAAUUAAAAAAAAGUAACGACUUAAAUGAAAAUAAAUACAAUGAAGAUGAUUUAAAAGGAAUAAAUAUUAUUUGUAAUAACGAAAAUAAUAUAUUAAAUAUCAAGAAUAAUUUUAAUCUUGAAGAAAAUAAUAUAAAGAAUAUUAAUGAAAAAAGAAAUAAUAAUCUUAAAGAUAUUAAUGCUUUAAUAAAGAAAUCGAAGAAAGACAUUUUAACAUUACAACGAAAAAAUUAUGAUAAAGUAUAUAAUUUAAUGUUAUUAAUGAAAUAUUUAGACAAAUUGUGUUAUAUAUAUAAAAUAAAUAAUGCAUUGUUUUGUGUUGGAGAAAAUCAAAAAAAUUUAAUCAAUGAAACUAAAAAAAUGUUGGAAAAUAUUAAUGAGGAAACGUUAAGAGAAAAAAGUGAAGCAUUUUACAUGGAAACUUUAACAUCAAUAAAAAAGAUAAAAAAAAAAUUAGAAGAGCACAUUUUUUCAUUUUUGAAUACAUCAUUUGAAAAAAAUUCACACUUACCUAGUAAUAUAUUAAAAUAUAACGAUGAUACAUAUUUAGAAAAAGAACUUUCAUUAUUAAAUAAAAAGAUAUUUAAUAAAAAUUAUAAUGAAAAUGAAAUAUUUAUGAAAGAAAACAAUAAUGUAAACCCUGAAAAUUGUGUAUAUAAAAAAAAAUUAGUGUCUUGUCGUAAUAGUAAACAAGUAUUAAGUGAGAAAAGUGACAAUUACAAUAUUGAUGAAACUAAGGAAUUACAAGAGUUAAAUGACUAUUUAAAUAUUAUUAUCUUAAAUAAAGAUGAAGAAAUAUUAAAAAAUCCAAAUGACUAUUACGGUAUUUUGAAAAAAUGCAAUCAAGAGUUAUCAUUAAUAAACGAAAUGCAAAGGAGCGAUAAUAAUUUAACUAAAGAUUUCUUAGAUAGUAUGAAUAUUUAUAAGUUUUCUAAACUUUUAAAUUUUUAUGUCAAAAAAAAGUAUUUCAAUAACAAAUUUAGUGAACAACACAGUUUUAAUAAUUUAGAAAUGUAUCAAAAGAACAAUGGCAUACUGCAAAUUCUAUAUGAUUUUUACAUGGAAAACGAAAAGGAUAUUUUUAAAAUAAACAAGAACAGAAGCUUUUUUAAAAAUUUACAUUCUAUAAAGAAAAUUAAUAAAAAUAUAUAUCACUCCUUUAGUAAUGAAAAAAUUUUAGAUGAUAAUAAACAUUUCCCUUAUGUAACUUCUAGAUCAUAUAAUGAAAUAAAAUUUUCAAGAAGCAAAUCAACAGAAUUUAAUGAAAAUGAUAACAUAAAAUAUUUUAAAAUAUAUUCUUAA